AUGGCGUCCGCGCCAGAAGACAGCGAUAUUCGAGCAGAAAUCCCAGUGCUGCUGUCAGCAGCCGAGCAGGAGCGCAACAGACGGCUCUGCCUGCCACGGUUCCGACAGCGAUGGGGCUGGCGCGACGGUAGAGAGCCAAAACUUCUCAACGGCGAGAUUGUAGAAUUCGUGCGAACGUAUGCGUGGCCAAAAGAGACGGAGAUGGUGAGUCGAACUCUGAAACAAAGAGCACUGCAAUCCUUAUUUGAAGCGGACUAUGACGUACCUAAAGCUGUGGAAUUCAUCCACAACGCUCGUCACGAGAAACUGAGACUAAAACGAGAAGAGGCAGAACGCAUACAAAAAAUAACAUUUGAGAGAGCCAUGGACAGACACGGGAAAAAGUUUCAUCUCGUCAAGCGGAGAUUUCCCAAUGUGGCAACUCGAGAGUUAGUAAGCAAGUUUUACCUCUGGAAGAAAGCGCCCGAGUACGAGAAAUGGCACGACGGGCAACGGGAGAAAAAGAGAAAGAGGGAAGCCAAGCGAAUCGCUCAACAACGUCCUGCGGCAGACCAGCACCUCGAGUUCUGUGGAAUCUGCUUGAAAGGAGGCAAGCUACUGUGUUGUGAUGGCUGUGAGCGGGCCUACCACCUCAAUUGUGUACGCCCGGCUCUCUUAGAUGUCCCCGAAGGAGACUGGUUCUGCUCGCACUGUCGGGAUGCAUCGCCUGUUCAGAAACGCGAGAAUUUGAACGAGGCCAAAUGGUAG